CGGCUCCCGUAGUCUCUCCAGUCUCCUGUAAACAGCAGUCAUGGCGACAGUGGUCCAACCGCUCACCCUGGAGCGAGACGUUGCCAGGGCCAUUGAGUUGCUAGAGAAGCUGCAGGACACAGGAGAUGUCCCCAGUCACAAACUUCAGUCUUUGAAGAAAGUGCUUCAGAGUGAGUUCUGCACGGCGAUCAGAGAGGUCUAUCAGUAUAUGCAUGAAACCAUCACUGUAAAUGGCUGUCCAGAGUACCAGGCGAGGGCCACUGCCAAGGCCACAGUGGCAGCAUUUGCAGCCAGUGAAGGUCACUCACACCCAAGGGUGGUGGAGCUGCCCAAAACAGACGAGGGGCUUGGCUUUAACGUUAUGGGCGGAAAGGAGCAGAACUCACCCAUCUACAUCUCACGCAUCAUCCCGGGGGGCGUGGCUGAGAGACACGGGGGCCUGAAGAGAGGAGACCAGCUGCUCUCUGUCAAUGGAGUGAGUGUAGAAGGGGAGCACCACGAGAAGGCCGUAGAGCUCUUGAAAGCAGCCAAGGACAGUGUGAAGUUGGUGGUCCGGUACACCCCCAAAGUGCUGGAGGAGAUGGAGGCACGGUUUGAGAAGCUGCGCACAGCCCGGCGGCGUCAGCAGCAGCAGCUCCUCAUGCAGCAGCAGCAACAGCAGCAGCAGCAGAGCCAGGCCUCACAGCAGAACCACAUGUCGUAGGUUGUUUCAGAAGAAAAAGUGAAUGAGCGACAGCAGCAGAUCUCAAAGACCAUCUGUCCAGGCUGAACAUCCCAAAGGAAAAACCUCUAUCUCUCUCAACGUGGAUGAAAACAAAGACUUUUUAACUGUCCGCACUCCCUCAGCUCGUGUGUACCAUCGAUUCCAAAGCAGAAACUAAGACAUCUUCCUUGUGGGGGAGUACUGCUACAAGUCGACCAUUUAAACUUUGUAUUCUGUUUGGUUGUUACUUUUUUCCUGAAUAGUUGAAUCAAUAGUUGAUCGUGGGUUAAAUUUAAUCUUCCUUUCUGUGAUUUAUGUUUGCGGUCACUAUUAUUAUUAUUGAUUUACUGAUUAAUAUUAGAUCGUGGCACCUUAGCCGUUUUGCCAUUGUUAUCAUUUACACAGUGGUGUUUUAAAUGACUCCUCAACUGGUGCUUGUGUCUCUGUAUGAAUGAUUCAUUCAUCUGAUUUGUGUCCUGUUUUUGGAUAAAUGUGACAAACUCUUUUUUACCUUCUUAUAUUGUAGCAAGAACAGAUUUUGUAUCCUGUAGAGUUAGCAAUAACAGACACUGUUCAGUUUGACUUUUCAAAAAUGAAUUCACUCUCACUGGUUUCACAUAGUGGUGAAGAAGUGCAAACUGGUUACUUGCAUUGUAAGGCAGCUUUUGUCCAAAUUUGUGCCAUUAUAUGAGAUUAUUGACAAAUUAUAAAUCACUAACCACACACUCAAAAUCAAUAUAAAUUUCGCUUGUUCCGACAGAUGAAAAGAUUGUCAACCAAAAUAUAAUGUUAUUUUUCCAGAUUUGUCUAUUUAUUACAGAUAUAUUCUAUAGAUAACAUGUUUUAUUCUUUAUUUUAGAUUAUAUUUAUUUCAAAUGGUUAUGUAAUGUUUAUCACUGUAGUAUAAAAGUUUGUUUAUUCUGUUCAGUUUUGGAUGGCGAGAAGCAGUGGCAGCUUUCACCUCUGUCAGAUAAGGAAAUGUUUAGCCCCGCCCACUGAUUGUAUCUGACCACUCCUUAAAUUCAAACGUACACAAGUGUUUGCUGUGACUCCUCGUCCGUUCUUUGGUGCUAAGCUUUGUGCCAGUGUCCAGUCACUGCACUUUCCAAUGUUGUCUUUGAUUUAGCUAAUUUGUUGUUCCUUUGUUUCUUGGUUUAAAUGAAAAUAUAUGGUCUAAGUUGCAGUAUUUUGGUACAUUUCAAGACACAAUUAGACUUUCCUGUGUAAUCCCACACAUAAUAAAAAAGGCACAUUAACACUUUUUGUUUCUAUCAAUAUACAAUAUUUAACUCCCUUUUUCUAUUGUUAACGUGUCUUUCUAAAUUCACUUUUGAUGGUCCAGUAAUGUGCAGAAAAGAAAAAGAGAAAACUGUUGAUAUGC